CUGGAUCCAAAGGCUACUGGCUUAUUCACCCCUGCCCAACAUCCAGGUCGUGAAGACUGCUGCCCUGUAGAUGUCUCUGUUUGCAGCCUUGAUAGAACCGGGAACAGAGGACAAUCAUUCAAAGCUGUGACGUCGCCUGGGUGAUGAUUUGCCUACUUGAAGCAGGGAUGACUUUGGAGCGGUUUCUGUGAAUUGCCUUGCCAUUAUGUUGCCUGAAUGAUAACGCAAUCGGUUGUGUGAGGACUUAACAGGCUACUAAGACCUAUACAGAUACGCAAGGAACACAGGCAGGAUAGACCACACCUCAUGCAUGGGCUCAGAGAGGGUCUGAGGCCUUACGGAUCAUCUGACUAACAUGGGUGUUCUUCAGCUACACAACCCCACCCACCCGGCAACGCUAAUGCAGAGGGCCAAUCAGAUGCGUCUGUCUGGCACGCUGUGUGACGUCAUCAUCACGGUGGACGGCCAGGAAUUCCCAGCCCACCGCACCGUCCUUGCCUGCACCAGCAAGAUGUUUGAGAUCCUGUUCCACCGCAGUAGCCUGCGCUACGCCCUCGACUUCCUCUCCCCCAAGACCUUCCAGCAGAUCCUGGAGUACGCCUACACCGCCUCCCUGCAGGCCACCGCCGAGGACCUGGACGACCUGCUCUAUGCCGCCGAGAUCCUGGAGAUUGAAUACCUGGAGGAGCAGUGCCUCAAGGUGCUGGAGACCAUCCAGUCUGAGGAGAAGGAGGACCACCUGAGUGGGAGGAGCCACGGGCCUGGGGAGAGCGAACAUGUCAGAGCGAGGCACUGGAGGAACAUGCUAAUCUCCAAGAAGCAUUCCAUACAGGAUGGUGGCAUGAACCCCACCGCCCUACACCACCUGGCGUUGUACCACAUGACUGACAGGAGUCCUCCUGGGUCAGGCGGGCUUCCCACGGGGCUCUCUGAGGCCAGCCCCACCCAGGAUGGAGGGGCUGUUCUGGAGGGCCUGGGUCAGUCUCCACUGCAGUACAGCCUAAGUAGAUCCCAGGACCCCUCCCUGAGUCUGGGUAAGACAAUAAAAACAGAGGACAAUAACAUGCAGGUGGAUGAAGCCUGCAGCUACAAGGGCCAGUCCUCUACUGGAGAGGAGGGGGGCUCUAAGCCGGACCAGCCCAGGAAUGAGGACCCAGGGACCCCCCAAAGAGGCAGCGUCAUCACCUCGGCAAGAGAGCAGCAUUCGGGCCAAGAGGAUGGGGGCAUAGUGGAGAACCACUCUCCUCUGGAUAGUUUCCCUGAGCUGGCUGAGAAACACCUGGCCUACUCCUCCAUGCCCUCCAACCGCAUGGGGGAGGUGAGGCUGCCUGUGCCCAUGUCGGUGGGCCCGUCCCUGGCCAUGUCCCUGGACCUGAGGACCUACGGGGGGCUGCUGCCCCAGGGCCUGCUUCACAGGGAGCUCCUCAGCAGGCUGGGCCAGUUUGCAGCAGGGAUGAAGCUCGAGGGUCAGGGCCAGAGUCAGAGCCAGAGCUGUGGGGACUGUGGCCUCCAGCUGCACGACAGAGAGGCCAUGGAGCAACACAGGAAGCUGCACAGUGGAGGAGAGACGGGCCACGGCUGUGAGUUCUGUGGCAGACGCUUCAUGGACAGUGUGCGCCUCAGAAUGCACAUGCUCUCUCACUCAGCUGGAGCCGAGGCGCUGGUGUGUGAUCAGUGUGGAGCUACGUUCUCUGCCGAAGACGCUCUGGAGGCCCACAGACAGACACACACAGGGACCGACAUGGCGGUGUUCUGUCUGCUGUGUGCCAAGCGGUUCCAGACCCAGAAGGCUCUGCAGCAGCACAUGGAGGUUCAUGCGGGCAUGCACAGCUACGUCUGCAGCCACUGUGACAGGCCCUUCCCCAGUCACACCACUCUCAAACGCCACCUGCGCUCGCACACAGGUGACCACCCGUUUGAGUGCGAGUUCUGCGGGAGCUGCUUCCGGGACGACGGCAUGCUUAGGGGACACAAGCGCAUCCACACAGGAGAGAAGCCUUAUGAAUGUAAUGGCUGUGGCAAGAGGUUCAGCCUCAAACACCAGCUGGAGACCCACUACCGCGUACAUACAGGCGAGAAGCCAUUUGAGUGCAAGCUGUGUCACCAGCGAUCCAGGGACUACUCUGCCAUGAUCAAACAUCUGCGCACCCACAACGGAGCAUCGCCCUACCAGUGCACCAUCUGUCAGGACUUCUGCCCCAGCCUGGCAGCCAUGCAGAAACACAUAAAGACCCACAGACCUGAGGAUGUGCCCCCGGACUGGAGGAUAGAGAAAACCUACUUAUACUUCUGUUAUGUCUGAGCAGGUCUUAGACACUGAGAACACACUAUCCUGUGUGAGUCUGUGCAGGUUUUUCAUUUGUUCCUCUGAAGAAAACCAAUUUGAUAAUUUCUGUGGUUUGAUUGAUUCCAUCAUGAAUUGCCACAAUGCCCUGUCAUAACAUUUAACCUGCAAACAGUAUGUGUUGAAGGAUAAAAAUACUACUUGUCAGGUUCUCUGCAAUGAAAGAGUGUUGCACUAAAAAGCAAAUUGAGUUCUAUCUGCUGUCACUUAUUGUGAGACGUAGAAUGGAGAAUCUCUGGUAGAAUUGCAGAAUUGUUUUUACACAUGCUAUUCCUGUCUUAUUAUUUUCUGUGACAUUUCCUGUCAUAGACUUUUUUGAAGUGUUGUUUGUUUUCAGCAUGUUUUACUUGAAUGGCCUCAAAAAUGCUUUUGAUGAUUUAUUUUCCCAGCACACAUAAUACGCAUAUGAUUUCCUGUCAGGUAGUCUCUCUGCUCAUGCUCAUUGACAAGCAUUAAGGGUAACAGGUUUUGCUAUUUAUGUCAUUCAUUUUGUUACCAAAUCAUUUUUAUUUUUUAUUUUACCCAACCUCAAGGCAGUUUUUUUUGUUUUGUUAUUAGAAUAAGCCCUACCUCUUGAAUAUUUAACUUUUGCACAGAGGCAAUAGCACAUCUUAGAACUGGUGUUUUUCAUUGUUUUCAUCAAUCAUAGCUUUACCGUCAUGUCAUUUUAUAUUGGUGAAGCAGUUUGAAAUGUUCAGUUAAAGAAUUAAUAGAAGUGAUUCGGACAGUUGCCUGUUGAGUGGAAAAAAGAUUUGAAAGCCUUCUAAUGGCUUUCAUGCAUAGUUUUUUUAAUCGGUAGAAUUAUAGCAGUCUGUUAAAUCACAGAAUUAGAAUUUUGAAAAGAAAGAAAAUGUGAAUACAAGUGUUGUCUUUUUUACUAAAUGUGAAAAGAUGAUUCUGUAAAGUUGAAUUACUAAAAGCAGGUUAUCGUCAGUUGUGAUGUCUGUUGCUGUAAAUGUACAAAAAUGUAAUUGUUUGUUAUUCCUAGAGGAGAGCCACAUGAGGGCUUCUCUGAUUUUAAAAUUGUGUAUUUUUGUAUUACAGUGAAUUGCAAUUUGUUUACAUUUGUUUUGAUUUAAGAAACAUCUUUUCUUGUGUGUUUUAUAAGUCUCUGAUUUAAGUAAGAGCCCUCCCUGUGCCUCUUUUAUAAAUGGAGCAUAGAUGUGCUGAAUACAUGAAUACAGUGUGUUGUAUUGAUUGUUGUUGUUCCUGGAUGUUUGUUUAUUGAAUUCCACUGCCAUGCCCUAGUAGACCCCAUUGUCUAAACUUCUUAGUUUGAAACAAGAUACUUCUAAUUAUAAUGAUUUUAUGCCCCAGGCAACUCAAGCCUCUGAGCAAAGUUUACAUGAGGUUCUCUCUCAAUAUUCUAUUUAAUGUAUAAAUUACAUUUGGAUUUUGAAUAUAUCUAAUGUAAAACCUGCACAGAAAAUAGGGGCAACAUCAUGUUAUUAUUUUAUAAUGCUAGACUUUGGGCAUCUAUAGGCUACACUAUGGCCUUCUACAACAAACAGCCAACACUCAGUGCCAUGAAAACAAUUAUAAGCACUAACUCAUCUUCACUGUACUACUAUCUAUUCUAGAUGCACAUGCACUAAGGAUCUAAUGAUUUCUGUGGUGGACCAAAACUAACAGAGCACUUUCAAAAAAGGUUUCUCUCUGAUCUUUCUGUGUUGUAACAAAGCAGAAGUUGUUUUAUUUGAUGUGUGUACUAGAAGAAUGUGAUGAUCAUCAUUUAGAUAGCUAUUAUGUAAAUGUUUGAAUGUUUGUCUACCUCAGCACCAGUUCAGUCAGUGCUUGACCUGGUGUCCAAUCAGGGUUGUUCUUCUUGCCAUCUGUGUUAAAUCCUUUUGCAUUACAGCUUUGUAACACUGUGUGUGCAAGUGUUUUCUCAGUGUGGGCUCAGGCACAUCUCUCUUUACGCAUCAGUGUUCUGUGGCAUGAUGGAAAAAAAAUAAAAAUAAAAUAGUAACUAUUUUA